AUGUCGCUGCUCACCCACCUGCUGGCGUGUCUGUUCGGGAUGGGCUCCUGGGUCUCCAUCAACGGUCUGUGGGUGGAGCUGCCCCUCAUCGUGCCCCAGAUCCCAGAGGGCUGGUACCUGCCCUCGUACCUCUCCGUGCUCAUCCAGAUGGCCAACGUCGGGCCUCUCUUCGUCACCCUGAUGCACCGCUUCCGGCCCGGCGGCCUGAAUGAAGCGGCCGUCAUAUACGUGAUCAUCGGCCUGGGCACGGUGGCGAGCUUCCUGAUGGGCUUCUUCUGGAAGGAGACGGUGGUGGUGGCGGGCGUUCCUCGCAGCGUGGCGCUCCUCGUCCUGACUUUCUUCCUUGCCGCCGUCGACUGCACGUCCUCUGUGACCUUCCUGCCGUUCAUGAUGCGUCUAAAGCCGCAGUACCUGACCACGUACUACAUCGGGGAGGGCGUGAGCGGCCUGCUGCCUGCUCUCGUGGCUCUGAUUCAGGGCGUCGGAGUGGUCCACUGCAUCAACAGCACCCAGUCUCUGAACCACACGCUGAACUCCUCCGACACCUCCGCGACCUUUGACCUUCGAGCUCAGUAUCAGCCAGCCAACUUCUCCGCUGAGGUCUUCUUCUUCUUCCUCACCGCCAUGAUGCUGGUGUGCCUGGUGGCGUUCCUGCUGCUCAACUACCACCUCUGUGUCCAGGCAGCAGCCCAGCGGUCGAUACACCAACGGCGUGAAGCAGACGUCUCAGCGGAGCAGGAAGUGGGCCGAGCAGAAGCCGAUGAUGGAUCCGUACCGGCCGACCAACCCGAAGUGUUUUAUAUCUUUGUCAUCCUGGCGUGGACCAACGCUCUGACCAAUGUGGUGCUGCCCUCGGUGCAGUCGUACUCCUGCCUGCCGUACGGGAACAACGCCUACCAUCUGUCAGCCACCAUGGCCGCUGUGGCGAACCCUCUCGCCUGCUUCAUCGCCAUGUUCUUCCCUAUAAGAUCUCUCCUGCUGAUGGGAGCUCUCACAGUGAUAGGCAGUGGAGUUGGAGCUUAUAUAAUGAGCAUGGCGGUGCUGAGUCCAUGUCCACUGCUGGUUCAUGACACUUCAGGUGGUGUCAUCAUUGUGUUGUCCUGGAUCCUGUUUAUUCUCACUCUGUCCUAUGUGAAGGUGAUUAUUGGGGUGAUCCUGCGCGAUGAGGGCCACAGCGCCCUCGUGUGGUGCGGGGCUGUGGUGCAGCUGGGCUCUCUGCUGGGAGCUGUGACCAUGUUCCCUGUGGUUAAUGUGUACAGCUUCUUUUCUUCAGGAGACCCAUGCAACACAAAAUGUCCCUAAAUAAA